AUGGAGGAGGUAGUUGAGAAUAUCGAGGGAGAAGAUGAUAUUUCUUAUCCAUUGGCUGAUCCAACGCAGAUAGAUUCCAGGAAAAAGAUAAUUGCCGACAAAAGCGCGAUUGUUGGUGAUGACAGAUUAUGGCCAGGAGGAGUCGUUCCUUACACCAUCGACAAAGGAAUGAUGAUUCCGUUAGUUCAUGUUAUAGAUCCUGGAAAUUCAGUUUUGCCUUGUGGAUUACCUCAAACCUUCUUCCAGUCGACAUUCCAUGGAGCGUUCUAUUAUUACAAGAAGAGCACGUGUAUUCGAUUUGUUCCAAGAACCAAUGAAACAGACUACAUCAGAAUUUUCCCAGGGCAAGGCUGCUAUUCUCACGUGGGCAGAACUGGUGGUCAACAACCUGUUUCCAUCGGACAAGGCUGCAACUGGAUGGGGACAGUUAUUCACGAGCUCGGACAUGCUUUAGGAUUUUACCAUGAGCAAAAUAGGUCGGACAGAGACGAAUACUUAAUAAUCUACUGGGAAAACAUCAAAGAAGGUUUAGAAGAUCAGUUUUUCUUAUUAACACCUCAACAAAACCGACUUCUGACGGACUUUGAUUACGAUUCCAUUAUGCUGUAUGGAGAAUAUACUUUCUCCAAACAAAGAGGCGUUCUCAAAACCAUGGCUGCCAAAAAGGGGAACAAGCGUCUACUGGAGGUAACGCAGAAAGGACAACUGAGUAAAACGGAUAUUGUGAGAAUAAAUAUGUUAUAUAAAUGCAAUGAAAAAAAGACACAAUAAAAUAUGAAUUCGUAAUUUUGCAGCUU